CGCUUAUGCCUGCUCCCGUGGAUUGUGGCGGUCAGAAGAAAUAAGUGAUGUAUCACAGGUUAUCCAUGAGACUGCUAGAACUUCUGGAACAACUUUCUCUCUGCUCUGCGUUAAAAGGCAAGAAAAGCGUCUAUCUAAACCGCAUCAUUGGAAAACGUCAUUCUGUCAUACUGGGAUCCUUUAGUAGCUUAUGUUUUGAUAUGUGCUAGCGCGUUUUUAUCCCUUCAUCUGAUCAAUCGUCUGGAAACUUUUUUCUUUCUUUGCAACAUGACUUUUAAAUGUGUCUUUUUGACGCACCUGUUACUGCUUUGGGUUGGAUCCGAACCUGGCGCAUCUGAAGGUGUUUGGAGAAGCGCGCGCGACAGCACGACGGACGCGCUCGAUGCCACAGACGCGCUCUCGCAGCAUAUGUUUAAACUGUAUGAGAAGUGCAACAUUGAACCCAACCGACUCAAAGAGGGAAAUACAGUAAGAAGUUUCAAAGCAAAACCUGAGAAUGUGGAGCAGAGGGCCUCAUACUGGCUGAAUCUCACUUCCCUUCAGGGGUCCGAGGUGAUUCUCACAUCUACGUUUCACUACUUUUUUGACAAACGGCCACGGCAGAGGUCCUGGUUCUGCAAGCGCUUCAAGAACCCCUCUUGUCGCAUCCCGAACUUCCAACUGCUACCCUCUCUCCGUCUUCUUUUCCGGUCUCCCUCCGUCAGCUCAGACCCAGGGUCGCUGCUCGGAAACAUCACCGUAGUUCCUCACAGACGCGGGACCUGGCAGAGCAAGGAUGUGUCUGUCAUUAUAAAGGAGGCCCGAGAUAAGAAUCACCUUUUGAUCACUGUGGAGUUUGACUAUGGAGAGCAGUAUCAAAGGCAUUAUGACCAGCACUCACCUUCCAGUCUUCCAUACUUGCUGGUUUAUGCUAACGACUUGGCCAUUUCAGAGCCGAACAGUGUGGCUGUGAGCCUACAGAGAUAUGACCCUUUCAUUGCAGACCAGCAGCCAACUCAAUCUCCAGACUCCUCCUCACUUGACACACGUGUGAAGCGGGAACUGGCAUCCGACUUCUCUGAUCCCAUUGAGAACAACGAGCUCCCGGAGGUGGAGUACAGCAGCUUCAAACAGCACGAUUUGUGGGAAAGUGCUUACUUUGCGCUCAAGCCAAAGCCCUUCAAAAAAGAACGUCGGAGGAAAGGCCAGGAGCACGCUGAUGGAUUCGACAAGUCUCAGGUUCUCCGGUUUGAUGAGAAAACCAUGAAGAAGGCCCGGAGGAGACAGUGGAAAGAACCUCGCGGCUGUUCCAGGAGGUACCUGAAGGUGGACUUUGCAGACAUCGGGUGGAACGAAUGGAUCUUGUCGCCCAAGUCUUUCGAUGCCUUCUACUGCGCAGGAACGUGUGAAUUCCCCAUUCCAAAGGUGGUCCGCCCCUCCAACCAUGCAACCAUCCAGAGCAUAGUCAAGGCCGUUGGGAUAAUUCCAGGUAUCCCAGAGCCCUGCUGUGUCCCAGAGAAGAUGAAACCACUCAGUGUACUGUUUAUGGAUGAGAGCAAAAACAUCGUAUUGAAGAUCUACCCCAACAUGUCGGUGGAGACGUGCGCUUGUAGAUAGACGUGCUGCUCAGAGGGGGAAAAAAGACAAAUGGGCGUUGUCGUGGUUUUGAAACCGAAUUUACCUUGAAGAGGCAUAUUGUCUUUAGUUUGCACUUCUUAGAAAGUGCAUACAUUUUUAAGGACUGCAUUUCAUAUUUUAUGAAUGCUUAUCUGUGUUAUUUUCAUUUCCUCUGUUUAUUCAUGAGGGAUCUGUCGUAAACCUUUUUCAUUGAGUAACAUGAGCACUUACUCCUAAACUUAUUGCUUAAAUUGUCGGCUUUUCAGCUCCAUGACAUAAAGGGCUGUUGGAAUUAUACUUGUAGAUUCCUCGAUAUACAAUAAGGUUUAUACUAAGCAUACUGAAUAUAACAUAAACCCUUUCUUUUGGCAGAGCUGUUGAAAUACAUUGGAAAGAAAAGUAGAAUAAAGAAUUAUUUUGUUAUUGUGAUGAAUGUUGGAUGUAGUGGCAGAUUAAGUUUGUGUAUAUUAAAAAUGUAAGUGUAACUUGAUAUUUGGGACAUUUAAAACCAUACAUGAUUAAGUAGCCUACAUGUGAAAAUGUGAACUCGUUAAUCAUUUUCAUCAAGCAUUUACAUCAAACAGUUAUCAUGACUGCAAAGCAGUCUCAUAGUAAAUAAUCUGAACUUAUUUUUAUAUAUUCAAAAGUUUGUUCUGUUAGAAAACUAAGCAGCAAAUUUUUAACAAUUCAAUUUUUUUAGGGGUAUUCCCAAAUAGUGCUGUUGCCAAUCACCAAGGUCAUUGGUAGCUAGUGCUGACUAGUUUUUCCUGUGCAUUUGUUUUAUUUUAAAAGAAGUUACUCAAGGUUCCUCUUUCCUUAUUCAGACAUGUUUGAUGAUCUUGGUGUGGUGUCAUAUGUAAGGAGUAUUUGGGCCAAAUGUGUCGGUGUAUAUAAACAAUUGUUCAUUUGGAUUCAAUAUAUUAUAUUUUAGAGAAUGUAUUUUUGUAAAUGUGUGUUUUAAAUUAUGACAACUAGCCUUAUAAGUAGAAUAAAAUAUAUGUUAAACCACCAAUGUGUAUUUUCUGCUGCAUAAAUUCAUGUGAUCCUAUUCUUUACUAAACUAAGGUAAUGAAUAAAAGAAUCAGAAACCUG